AUGAACCGUAUCCUUUCUUGGGUACUCUCACUGGCUGUUUUAGGUGUAUGCUCGGUUCUCGCUGCGCCAGCUGGAUCUGACGAAGGCCGGGACUCGGUAGCGGUCCCGGCAGGGUAUGUGAUGGUUAUUCCGCCUUCCAGCCUUCAUUCCCAAGAUGAAAAAGAUGUCGAUCGGCCUGACUAUGCGGGAAAGAGUUUCCGAGUGGACAAUAAUCAUUACUUCUUUCAAGCCUUCCCCAACAGCAAAGUCCCGACCUCCUCCGUCGUCUGCAUCGUGAUUCCUUUCUUUGUUGUUUUCUCGAUGUCAGCUAUUUAUCUUUUGAUGAGGCUUAUUUGGUCCCCUUUGUUCAAGUCAAGAAAUGGAACACUCUCGGAUCGUGAGAAGGCAUUCUCAAAUUUACGCAUAGUUGGCCUUCUUAAUCAAGCGUCAGAAGAUACCGAAAAAGGUAUCGCUUCUCCUGAACAUGAGCCGUCUAGUGGCUCAGCAACAGACCCUGAUUCGAAGGACUCUGACCUUGGUCAUCUUGACCGGGGUAUUCCUGCAUCUGAGUCUACGAAGUCCAAGGGCAAGGAUAUGAAUGAAAUCGCUGGCCCCAUUGUUCCAGUCCUUCGCAACGACCUAGAUGGUGAGUAUUCUGAAGAGGCAUCCGAUGCGGAAGAAGAGGAGCUCGAAGAUGAACUUGGAACGUUCAACAGGUCCUCUCAGGUACCAUCUGAUGACGCACCAGCGUACGAUGCCGCUCCUCCGGUCGCAUAUGCCAACACCCUGCCGAAUACUUCUAUGACUGCUGAGUCCGCAAUGACCAGUAACAAUAACUCUAAAGCUGACCCUGCUCACGUUGGAAACAACUCUCUUCCAUCGCAUUCUGAUGUCACGAAUGCCCAGCCUAAUGCCUCAACACUGGUGGAUACGGCUGAGCACCCGGAACAAAAGUCCCUGUUCCCUUGA